AUGAACGGAAAAAGCUUAGAAUUUCGGGUGACAUUCCACAAGUCAGGGAUAAAGUGGUGGCGUGGAAGAAAGCCAAAUGCAACAGUAAUGUGUCAAAGACUCAAAGAUAUAUCUGGUCUGAUAAAAACCUGCAUUGAAGUCACGAUGCAUGGAGACUAUGGAUUUGCUGAUGUUUUGUUAGGCCCAACGACUAUCACUGUUUGGGAAGCGCAAAUACACCUUAUGACCCAGCUGAACGCAAACGAUAAAAGACGAUGCAAGUUCAAUGUGGCAGUCAAGCCGAUCAUCAAAGGUUACUAA